AUGACAUUAUGUGUGGAUCUUGUUGUACUUGAAGAUUAUAUAUCAACUACAAUGAAAGUUCCAUUAAAAAUUCUGAAGCCUCAAAUAGUUGAUGAUUUUGAGAAACUCUUUAAUAAAAAAAUAAAUGUCGAUGUGAUUUUAAUUGUUGGCAACGAAAAGUUUCAUGCGCAUAAGACAAUUUUAUCAGCACGAAGUCCAGUACUUGCUUCAGUUCUCCACAGAAUGCAAGAAAGUAACAAUAAUAUAUUGAUGAUAAGUGAUGUAGCUCCCAAAAUAUUCCGAGAAAUGUUGAGAUUUAUUUAUACUGAUAAAGUUGAUGAUUUGGACAGCAAAAUUGUAACUCUACUACAAGUUGCUGAUAGAUUUAAAUUACAAACACUGAAGAUAUCAUGUGAGGAAUCGCUUCGCGAAUCAUUAAUUAAUGCAAAUGCAAUUAAAUUAUUAAUGUUAGCAGAUCAAUAUCAUGCGAAUCUACUGAUGGAGUCCGUCGUCAAUUACCUUGUAAUAAAUAUCGAUAGUAUAAUGAAAACUGAAGAUUACAAAACAUUAGAAAAGUCUAAACCGCUGAUGUUCUAA